UACCAGUAGGUGGCGCGGUAGUGUACUCCUGAGUUGUUUACCAACCGCCAUGGAAAAAAAACACAGGAAGGGGAUGAAGACGACGAAUUGGUAAAGUGAACUUUCGCCUGUAUUAGAAGUCCCAAUGAAAUCAUAACAUCACCAAGGAUGAAUACAGCGCUGAAGCACUGGAAAGAGGCUGCGACGAUUGUAUUAACCGCUGGCACAAGACAUAAAGUCGACGUGGACAGUCUCCCGAAGACACCUGAGAAAUGUUCUUCGUUGUCAGCGUCCAAUUUGCCACACAAGUCCGCCUUCGAUUAUGAGGUGUUAUUGCUGAAAAGAAGCAGUAAAAGCGGAUUCAUGCCCAAUGCGUACGUGUUUCCCGGUGGAUUAUUGGACUCCUCAGAUUUCUCCAGUGAAUGGCUGGAUAUUUUCAAAGCUUUCAGUAAAUUUCCCAAUUUCGGUUUGGGAUGUGUCAAACAGCCGGCGGAGACGAGACCUCCGAUCUUCGCCACAGACCGACUGAAGCUGGGGUCUCCCAUUCCCGGCGACGUCGCUUUACGAAUCUGUGCCCUGAGAGAGACAUUCGAGGAAUCCGGUGUGCUCUUGGCUCUGCCUAAAAUGGAAGAGAAUAGCUUGCUAAAAACAGUUGACAACAAACGUGACAGCAACCAGAUAACGUCACCUCCACACCCUCUGAAAGUAAAUGACCUGUGUGACAUGAAUGAACUUGUCAAAUGGCGUGCCCUAGUAAACAGAAACCCGUCCAACUUCAUCCGAAUGUGCAAAGCGCUAGAGUUGUUGCCCCACAUUUGGGCUUUGCAUGAAUGGGGCAACUGGCUCACUCCCACUGGCUUCGAUAGAAAGGGGUGGAGGUAUGACACGGCCUUUUUCAUGUGCUGCUUGCAGGAGGUUCCUCACACAUUUGAAGACGAGAAGGAAAUAGUGCACUUUAAGUGGUCCACACCCUCCGAGAUUCUUCAAGCCUACAAGGCCCGGGAGUUGUGGAUUGCCCCACCUCAGUUCUAUGAUCUCAGCCGCAUGUGUUGCCUCACUUCGCUGGUCAACCUCCAUAACUUUGCCAGCCAACGUGCUGCAGAAGGCUGCGAACAAUGGCUGCCCAUCUGGCUGGUAACGGAUAGCUGCCGUUUAUCACUGCUACCAGGUGACAAGUUGUACCCAGUGGAUGGGUCAGGGCAUGUUAAUAUAGACACUAAUAUUCCUCUGGAGGAUUCUCAGGGAGAUGAGUCUAAACUUCACCGCCUCAUUUUUCUGGACUCAUAUAAUAUAUCUGCUCAGGUCACCAUCACACCCAAGUACAAUCACCUUCUGCCUUUUGCAGGGCCCGCCACCAAACGUGUCCCCAACAGUCUGCUUUGACGUAACCUUCAUACAUACCUUGCUUACUGAGUGCUAAAGUAAAAGGAGAAAAAGUCCUCAUGUAACUGGGCAAGUCAAAAAAUAAUAAGUUUAAACAUUUAUAAAAAUGAGCUGCUGUGUUCAACCAACUUUGUACUUUCAGACACUGAUUUGCUCCCCUGCAACUGCUGACAGUACACUGCCUUGCUUAAGACUACAGCAGUUGCAGGUGGUAAGCAUGAGAACAAUGUUUUUGUUUUUUAUUAACAAAGCCCACGUUGAUAUGUCUACUAGAGGACUGGUGUGACCAAUCCUCAAAAGCUAAACUCUACAGUAUGGUAUAAAAUGGGUCCUGUAAGUCUGAUAUUGAUUUGAAUAAGUUGCACAAAAAUGUAGUUUUAUUUCUUUCUGAGGCUACAUUAAGACUGGCUGUUAAACUAACCUGAUCCUAGUCAGACCAAAAGUGAAACUUUAAACGCUUAAAUCAUCAUGUGUUAUGUACUUUCCACUGAAAAACAAAUCCAGUUAUAAAUGGUAGAAUUAAAUUUUUCUUUUUCUCAGGUUCAGCUUCUUUCGGCGGAUCUUGACUUUAAUAUUCAUGAUGUCAUCAGACGUUCAUUUACAUAUAGCCUAUCAGAUAAAGUCAUCAAAAUAUGAAACCCCGCCCACCUUUACCACCAACCCUUGCUUGUAAAUGUCACUCAAAUGUCAGCUCAUGAAUAUUAAUUAUGACUAGACCACUCCCUCAGUUCUUGAGACAACUGAGACAGUUAUGGAUAAAUGUAUACAAAAAAAUCGAAAUAUGUAAAUUACAAUUGUUUUUUUAUACAUUAAUGAAUUAUUAAUGUUCUCAAGGUUUUUAGACAUGAUCCGACUUUUUUUAAAUCUAUUAAUGUUCUCAAGGUUUUUAGGCAUGUUAAGUUAAAUCUGAUUACUGGUUUUGGUCAUCUGUACAAUUACCUAUUCAGUUCAUGUUCUGGAGUGUUGUGACAAAAUAAUAUACCGUUAGUCUACUAGUGACAAACAUUUUGGUGUUUUGCUUUUAGUAACCACAUACCUCUUUGUUUCUGUUAUAGCACAUUUAUCGCCAUAAAACUAACAGGUAUUAGUUUUGGCACUGUCGUAUGUUAGAGUUUCGAAAGAGUGACAGUUUUUUUUUUUUAUUGUCGUGAAACCUGUACGAGCUUUAUGCUGUGUGUUAGGAAAUGUGAUGGGCAAUGUGCGUGUCCGCUUUCUGUGAACAACUUGAAAUUUUACACAAGCUUUGGUUGUGUUGAUUCAAUAAAUUAUUAGAGAAAUUUGAGAUCAAAGCACGGUUUAAAUAAAUCUCAGUUCAAAUAAACAAAGUGUA